UCCCUCAAAGCCUCAACCAUAAAAACUCCCACUCAACUCCUCAAAACCAACCCAUUUUCCCUCCAAACACAAAAAUGAUCAACUUCGAUGACUUGUACAGUGUGCUUACUGCAGUUGUACCUUUAUACGUAACAAUGUUCUUAGCAUACGCAUCUGUAAAAUGGAACAUUUUCUCACCACAACAAUGUGGUGGAAUAAACCGAUUUGUCGCCAUUUUUGCUGUUCCUCUUCUCUCAUUCGAGUUCAUUUCAAGAAUCAAUCCGUAUAAAAUGAACCUCAAAUUCAUAGCAGCCGAUGGUGUUUCAAAGGUUUUGACAUUAAUCGUUUUGUUUUUAUGGACAAAUUUGUCAAAAAAUGGAAGUCUAGAUUGGGCUAUCACGAUGUUUUCCCUUUCUACCCUUCCUAACACACUUGUUAUGGGAAUCCCACUUUUGAAAUCGAUGUAUGGUGAUGAUAAAGAAUCGAUCAUGGUUCAAGCGGUUGUGUUGCAGUGUAUAAUAUGGUACACAUUGCUUUUGUUCUUGUUUGAGUAUCGAGAAGCUAAGAAUUUGAUACUGACAAGUGGCGGUGGUAACAAUAUCAGUAACAAUAACAGUAGCAGUAUCAGUAACAGUAACAGUCAGAGAAAUGAUGAAAGUUUUUGGGAAGUUCAAGAAAGGGUGGAGAGAACUACGCGAAAUGAAGAUGAUAUUGUUAAUGUGAUUCAGAGUCUAAAUAGGGUGGCACCGGCAAUCGCGACCGCGGUUGAUGAUGAUAAAAGAGAGUUGCAUUUGUUUAUUUGGCGUUGUAGGUGUUGCAGUUCUCCAGGUGUAUGUGAACAAUCGGUGGAAGUAUGCAAUAGAGAGAAUGAGAAAGCCGAGAGUGUUGAAGAACCAAACAUUAUUGAGUCUCAGGGGUCACCUUCAAUGUUAAAGAAACUCUUGAAAAUGGUAUGCUUUAAGCUGGUGAAAAACCCUAAUUCGUAUGCGAGCAUACUUGGUCUUAGUUGGGCUCUUGCUUCUUGCAGAUGGGGAAUAAAGAAGCCACAGAUUCUUGAAAAUUCAGUUACCAUUCUCUCAGAUGCUGGCCUAGGAAUGGCAAUGUUCAGUCUAGGCUUGUUCAUGGCUUCACAACCGAAGCUAAUAGCAUGUGGGAACAGAUUAGCAGCCUAUGGCAUGGUGGCAAGGUUUGUAGCGGGACCCGCUGUGAUGGCAGUUGCUUCUAUAGGUGUAGGUCUAAGAGGCACUAUCCUACAAGUUUCUAUUGUUCAAGCUUCUUUACCACAAGGGAUUGUGCCCUUUGUGUUUGCUCGUGAGUACAACUUGCAUCCAGACGUUUUGAGCACUGCGGUCAUUUUUGGAAUGAUAAUAUCUUUGCCCAUCACAAUGUUGUAUUACAUCUUACUAGGCCUCUAAAAAAGGAGGAAAAGUUGAUUCAUGAGUGUUCAUAAUAUCAAAAGACCUAACUAUAUUUGUUUAACUAAAAUGACUGUAUUAGCUAGGUGUUUUUUUCUUUUUGACUUAAUGCGAAAGAAAACUUAGCAGAGAAAGUUAGAGAAGUGAGGCUUUCCCUAUUAAGUCCUAACUUUUUACAAAUUGCCUUGAUGCCUUCAUUUACUUUUUACUUCCAUUUCCUCAAGCAUGUUGUUAUUUUCUUGAGGAAUGGCAAUGUACUUUCAUUUCUUUCUAUUACAACAUUAUACUUUCAAUUUCUUUCUUAUUAAAGUAUUGUAUUUCGACAAUUUUAAUAUAUUAUAGCAUUGUACUUCCAA